UUAUAACGUAUUUAGUUGUUUAUAAUAUAUUUAUGAACGUGACGACUUUGCCAAGUGUAAGUAUAUAUAAUUGUAUUUUACAAUGACAGGUUACGCUAUACCUAAUUAUUACAGAAGGCGACUAGCGGAUAAAAAGCAUUUCCUUGUGUAUUAAGUAUAUUGCUGCCGAGUUCGCUAAACUGCCAAAUGUGUCGAUUAUUGCUGUUCGUUGGAUUUAUUCAGGUUCCAUGGCAAUUUUCUGGAAAAGGCGAGCCGGUACUUCAAGCGCUGGCUCGGCUAGACGAAGAAAUAGCCAGUAGCGAGAAGUCCCACCCUGCUGCCAGGCUUGCGGUCGUUACUGCUGAGAUGGAUGUCAUACAACAGGAAAUCAAGACUUUCGAGGAAGUCACAACAAGCGAACGAAUAAAUAAAGAUACUUACGCCAAGACACUCCAUCAGUUAUUCAUAAGUUUGGAUCUUUAUCGACGACCGAUGUUGGCUGCCGAAAAUGAAGAUUUCGUUGCGAAUGUCAAUAGAAAGCAAAUGCGCCAAUUGGAGUUAAGCUGGCUUCGCACACGGUACGGUGAACUGCAGCGCGAGCGUCGAGUGUUGCACGCGCAGAUGUUGCGCACGCGCUCCCUGUACACUCAAUUGCAACAGUUACUCGAUCGAAUUUGGGGUAGUGCACCUCGUCCAGGAACGCCCACUGAGGGCGCUCUCACCCGCGCAGGAGCGCUUCGCGACGCACUGGCUUCAGUAAGUGCGAAAUUACGUGCCGCUGCGGUAUAUGCACACGCUGCAGCCCGACUUGUUGAUGAUGCACUACCUGCGUGGAAGCUUAUUUCCGUUGGCAAAAGCGGCUGGGAGCGCACGGCAGCGUGUGCGGACGCCUGUCAACUACUUGUGCGCGCUCGCUGUGUAGAGCGGGGCGCUCGACGCGUGCUAUCCGCGCCUGCGGCUCCCCGUGCCGCGCGAACUCUACGUCUCGCGCUCGACUACGCGUUCACCGACGCCAUGCACGACCACAAGUACCAACGCGCGACAGAAGUCUUUGUGCAAUUCAAGGAAGCUCUUGUACAACUAAUCAGUUCGAUUCAUCAGGUGCUGCUGAACAAUCUUGAGAACUUGGCGGUAGCUGAGAAAGACGUGACGAAGUGCCGGCGGGAGCUGCGUGCGGCGCGGGUCAACGGGAUCAUGCAACAGGGACUCGCCGGGUUGCGCUACGAAUCGCGUGUGCUCACUAGUCUCAAAAGUGUCACAUUUACAUAGAAUGGUUAUAGAGGUUGUAGUAACGUUACCAGUCAACACUAAAAAAAAACUUACAAUCUUUUUAAACCUGAUUACAUUGAGUGUUAAUAGUCUGUAUCCGGGCUUUGAGUUUACCUACAGAUAAUAAUGUUGACAAAAGUCCAAUAAAUCUCAAUAGCGCCUUUGCCUACUGCGUCCGAUCCGUAUCCGUUUCGGAUCCGAGAAAAUCUAGAAAACUUGGACCGACAGAGGAUGUCGUUUGUGCACUAAGUCCCAUACGAAUCCGAGAAAAUACCCCUCAUUCCCACUAGUACCACCGACAAGUACCCCUGUGGUACUAGGGACAUUUUAUUCCUCACUAGUACCACCACCUGAAAUGAUAAUUCACGGUAGUACUAGUGACAAAUUUAUGUAACACUAGUUUUUGUGAAAAUACGAUUAUCGCUUGUACACCUUGAGAUUAUCACUAACUAUUUGUCCUUUCCAUCUCCGUCAACUUUGACAGUGUUAGUACAUAUGAAGACGCAGAAAAAAUCAAAAGUUUUGAAUACAAUUUUCCUGCCUGUACCUGCUGAACUGACUUUUCAGGCAAUUUUUAUUUAUUUAUAAAAGUGAUUACUGAAUAAUUACUUCAGUCCGCGAAAAUAAUGUUCCGAACUAAAGGUAUUUUCGAGUUCGGAAGACAGAAUUCGGAUUCAGUACACAAUCCAUCAUAUAAAUAAUGCUACGACUAUUUCGGACUGUUAUUUUUCGGAUUCGCGACGACACGGAUCGCACGUAGUGCGCAAACGCUUUUACCGUCAUUUACC